GAGAGAGAGAGCCCUUCUGCCCGGGAAGGCCGUAGUAGAGACUAUCCAGACGACCCAACGCGUAGCUGCCCACGGAAAGCGAUGUCAGGACCCGAAACCCAUCACGGUCACAGCCGGAGGCUGCCCUCUGACAUUGAAAAUGGACAGCGGGGGCUGGACCCUGAGCAGAUGCAACAACAGCAACUUAAACUUUGGGAAAGGCAGAGAUUCUUUGAAGAAGUUUUCCAGCAUGAUGUUGAUUUCUUCUUCCCAGUAUCACACCUGCAGAUAGAACACAGGAGACCUCCCCUAGGUAGCAUUUCUUCCAUGGAGGUCAAUGUGGACAUGCUGGAACAGAUGGACAUGUUGGAUCUAUCUGACCAAGACACUGUUGAUGUAUUUCUUAGCUGUGGGACAGAGGACAACAACAAUGUAGCUACCCUAUUGCCAGAUUCUAACCCCUUCCAGGAAGAUAUUUCUCUGCAAGUGCCCAAUACAGUUGAAAUCAAAUCACGAAUUUCGUCCACAUCAUCUGCCUCUACAGACCUGAAUAGCCUGGACACCAGUGAAGAAGGAGCUGAGACUCCUGUGGUGCAGUCAGAUGAGGAAGAAUUGGAGCAAGAUGGGUCUGAAGAACCGGAGAGCAAGAGCUAGCAAGGUUUUGCAUCCACCCUGCUAUACGGACCCUGCCAGCAUGAGAUUAUGAACAUGACUGGAUCGCUCCGAUUCCCACUGUGUAAAACCCACAGAAACUCCAGAUCCAAUUGUUGUACUUGGGGAUGAUUCAAGAUAAUCCUUCCUCCUGCAGGAUGGUCAAUGCAUGGAUAAGGCAACAGAAGAGGGAGAAUAGGGUGAGGAACGGAUGCUACAGAAUUAAAAUAGAAUUUAACUCUCCAUCUUUUUAUGCAUACAGUAAUGCUUCUGCUUCCCUCACACGAGGACUCAGUUUGCUACAAGGCUGCAAAGAUUUAAAGCGAGACCUCUGUGCAGACUGAUAGGCUCCCUAAUCCUAACACAUAUACACACAAACAUGAAUGCAGCAUGUCUUUAAUUGUAACAUAAUAGAAAAUUACAUUCCUUUCAAACAAUCAGCUGGGAUGAUGUGUGUUACUGGGAAAGGAACAAUGAGGCUACCUGGAUAGGAAAGAUGGAAAAGGAAUGGCUGAAAGACGGUGGGACUAAAAUAAUUUGAAAGGUUCUUGGAAUGAAUCAGAUUUUUAUUAACUUCUUCAUUCAUCUGAUUUUUACAUCCUUAUGUUUCAAAUGAACAGCAGGUACCACAAAGCCCAGGAAGAGCUCAGGAGGAGGACAAUGGGUCUUAAGGAAAAGCUACACAGUCAGGACAGUCCUUAGAAAAACUUCCUUUGAACCUCCAUGUUGAAUACCUCAGUAGCAAAGUAAACUUUAAUUGCUCUCCCAUAAGUUUUAAAGUAGUCCAGUUAUUUCUAUGAUGAAAACAUCUUCUCCAUUUCCCCCAAUCAUUCUUAUUUUGUUCGAUGGGAGAGAAAUGGCUUUCAGAACUUUUUCCAAGGCAGAAGAACGUUUUGUAGAUUUCUCAUGGCUGUGGUGCUGCAUCUUUAUAUUUACCUUAAUUGUAAAGUGCCUAAAAGGUACUUGUGUGUGCUCUAGCUUUCAUUCCACAGUCAUGUCUCCCACUCUCUGGCAUCUCAGUCUUCAGUUAUAUUGGUCAAAGUCAAAUCAGAUAAAGACUGCCAAAGAAAACUCCUUCCAUGGAGCUUUUUCGGAUUAAGAAGAAGGAGUAGACAGAGAGGCUGUGGAAUGAUGCAGAUACAGAUAAUAGGGGACAAAAAGAAUUACUGACUGCCUCUUUAUAAUGUUAAUUACACUGAUAGAAUAUUUGUAGCUUAAGAUUGAACUGUGGGGUCCUUGGUGUUCUCUGAGCUUUGUGGUUUUCCGGUAGACGUUUCAAUACCAAACUAAGUAACAUCAUCAGUGCUAAAAUAUUUACACUAAAAAUGUCUCAAAAAAAAUAUCCCUGGCUUGAGGCAGAUAGAAUGAGGCAGAACAACAGAAGACUCUUUCCCUGGGAGAAGGAAGCUUUGUGGAAAUUGGAGGACAUUUUGGCACUUAAACUUUGCUUUCCUUUUGAUAUAUUAUAGAGAACUUGUCCUCUUCGUUUAAUAGAUAUAUAAUUUUUAUUAGCACUUUUCACAUUAUUAAAAGAUAAAUAUAAGAAUAAUACAAUGAGAGAUCAACAACAAAGAAAAGAUAAAAGUGUGAAAGAUAGUACAGAUAGAAAAAAAGAAAAACUAUAUAAAGAAGCAAUCUCUUUCAAUCUCCCUUAGAGCAAUUACAAACUUAUUGUCUCUCUUUCCUCUUUAAAAUUAUCUUAUACAAUUCUCUUCCUGUAUUCUUUAUAUCAUUAUAUGUAUUUUUAUCCUUUUUUUGUUUUUGCUUUUUCACAAGUCUGCCAUGCAUGGCAAAAUGACCCUUCAUGUUUUUCACAUUCCAGCAUGGGUUAGAGAUACCUUUAUACAGGAGCAUCUGUCCCUUAAAAUAUUGCUGAAUCACUGUUUUGUAGCUAAUGAGGAGAGAUGCUGGAAAUUUCAUUUUGGCAAAGCUGGAGGCCAAGAGGUUCCCUAUCACUGAUGUGUAAUAGCCACCUGUGAAGGAUGCAUGAGAUGAGUUUCAGAAAGUUCCUGGUAAAAUCUCACCACCAAUAUGAACCAGAGAGUUAGCUGCAGCAUCACUACAUCUCUUUUCCAAAACCUUCCUACUUCCUUACUAUGGGAACAAUAAUACUGAAAAAUAUAUCGGUUGCAGUAUCGAAUUCUAUAGUUUUAAGAAAUUAGUACAGCAUCUCUCCUUUUUGUAUUAUGUUUUUUAAUGUAAUUGCUUUCAUCCAAUAUAGGCUUUAGAGGUGCCCCACCUCAGUGGGAAGUUUGGGGGGGGAAAUCCGAGAAGGUAAUAUGUACAUAAAGUGCUUUGAAUAUUAAAUGCUAAAUAGUUUCACUAUCUUUUUUUUUUUUUUAAUGAUUAGGGUCAACUCAGAAUCAUGGAUAUGUUUAGUAGACAAGUUAGUAGUUUGGGAAAGUAUAAUGCUCUUCAUAAAACAUGCUGGAGAUCAUAACAAUAUGCUAGAUUAGGCUAAAGUGAAUAAUUUAUGGUUAACUAUGUCAUGGGAACCAUGCCACUUUCUUAGCAAGUUAUGUGGAUCAAGCCACACUUCACCCCUUCAGUUGAAGGGAAUUCAGGCAGCAGGACAAAUCAGAACUUAUGACUCCACUGUCAAUGGAGACAGUUCGUAGGAGUUUCCUCCACUCUGAUGUAGGACUGAAGAUACAGAUAGUCUUCAACCAUAAUUGAGCCCAGAAUUAUGGUCACAAGUCCUUGCAGUCAUUAAGCAGGACACCAUGUGACAAGACCAAAUUUUACAACAUUUUUGUGCAGGCUUUACAUGAACCCAGUGGUUGUUAAGUGAAUGCUGCGGUCAUUAAACAAAUCCAUUAUAUCCAAUGGAUGGUGUUUGCUAAAAACCGAAAGUAAAUGCCAGAAACCAGCAAAAACAUCAAAAAUUGCAGUCAUGUAACCACAGGAUGAGCAAACAGCCACAAAGGUGAGCCAGUUGCUAAGGAGACAAAAUGUGAUUUUGACUUGGGUGGGGCAGCUAUUGUAAGUUCAAAAUUGGGUGGUUAGUACUUUUGGGGGGAGGUUCCAUUGCAACUUUGAACAGUCACUUAAGCGAACAGUCAUAAGUCAAGGACUACCUGUGAUGUAAAAAUAAACCUUGCCUGAAAACGUUACAAGUUCAGUGACAUGUCAAACUUUCAACAUCCUACAUGCUGAAACAUUUAAGAGUAAAUUAGUAGCAGAUUUAGUAGCAAAACCACUGUGAGAGAUGGAACUAUAUAGUAUUCAUCUGAAUGAGAACAUUUGCAGUUUGGGGCAUAUUGUUGAAUUCCCAUUCCCAUUAGCCCCAGCCAGCACAGAGAAUGAACAGCCUUAGGAGUCUCUGUGGGGGAAGAAGUUUAAGAAAACAUCAAGGUGGGGGCUGCAUGACCAGUUCCCCACCCCAUUUUUAUAUGUGCAAAAGAGGUGAGGCUUCAAAUGUUGUGGUUGUGGCUGCCAUCUCGACUACUUUUAAUCCCCUUGUGUAAAUGCCCCUGAACAAUAACAAUAGCCAUUGUAGUCGAUAAGGAUUUGGCAGUCCCACAGGACAGACUGAUUAUGGAAUGUUUCAAUAUUCCUGAUACUUAAUUUAUCUGUUUUUAUUUGUUGACAACCUCACUCUGUGAAAUUGCUGACUUUGUGGACAGAGUCCUGCCUGUAGCUCUUAGUCAAUUGGUUGGAUUAAUCCAUUAAAACAUGAUGACUGAC